GCUUAAGUGCAAGGCAAGAGCCUCAGCCCAAGCUACGGCCCGAAAUCGGAACUUCCGGGCGAGACCGUGCGUAUUUCCGGUCAAGAUGGCGGCGCCCACCAGAGGCAGGUGCGGGCGACUCUGUCUUUAGUAUCGGCGGCGACUCGAGGUCUGGAGAGCUCAUGGCGGACCAAGGCUCGGGGGGCAGUCGCCUCCCGCUGGCGCUGCCCCCAGCCUCCCAGGGUUGCUCAUCAGGCGGCAGCGGCUCCUCGGCGGCGGGCACGGGCAAUCACCCGCCCCCACGCAGCCUCCAAGGCCUGCUGCAGAUGGCUAUCACGGCGGGCUCUGAGGAGCCAGAUCCCCCUCCAGAACCCAUGAGUGAGGAGAGGCGCCAGUGGUUGCAGGAUGCCAUGUCGGCCGCCUGCCGGGGCCAGAGGGAGGAGGUGGAGCAAAUGAAGAACUGCCUCCGAGUGCUAUCCCAGCCCAUGCCUCCCUCGGCUGGGGAGGCUGAACUGGCCACUGACCAGCAGGAACGCGAGGGGGCCCUAGAGCUGCUGGCCGACCUGUGUGAAAACAUGGACAACGCUGCAGACUUCUGCCAGCUGUCGGGCAUGCACCUGCUGGUGGGCCGGUACCUGGAGGCAGGGCCCGCGGGGCUGCGGUGGCGGGCAGCACAGCUUAUCGGCACGUGCAGCCAGAACAUGGCAGCCAUCCAGGAGCAGGUGUUGGGCCUGGGUGCCCUGCGCAAGCUGCUGCGGCUGCUGGACCGAGACCCCUGUGAUUCGGUGCGCGUUAAGGCCCUCUUCGCCAUUUCCUGCUUGGUCCGGGAGCAGGAGGCUGGGCUGCUGCAGUUCCUCCGCCUGGAUGGCUUCUCUGUGUUGAUGCGGGCCAUGCAGCAGCAUGUGCAAAAGCUCAAGGUCAAGUCGGCAUUUCUGCUGCAGAACCUGCUGGUGGGCCACCCGGAACACAAAGGGACCCUGUGCUCCAUGGGGAUGGUCCAGCAGCUGGUGGCCCUCAUCCGGACAGAACACAGCCCCUUCCAUGAGCACGUGCUUGGAGCCCUGUGCAGCCUGGUGACAGACUUCCCCCAGGGUGUGCGGGAGUGUCGGGAGCCGGAGCUGGGCCUGGAGGAGCUGCUCCGCCACCGCUGUCAGCUGCUGCAGCAGCAUGAGGAGUACCAGGAGGAGCUGGAGUUCUGUGAAAAGCUGCUACAGACCUGCUUCUCCAGCCCAACGGAUGACAGCAUGGAUCGGUGAAAUCUGCUUGCUUCUGGCCCCUCUGUGGGAACUCCAGGCCUCCUGCCUCCCUCCCACCCAUAAGGCCCUCUCCCAAGGGAGAGCAGGGCCUUGUUGGUGCUGGGCCAGGGCGUGCCAGCCUGUUUCUGCUCAGCCUCUAGGAGUGGAGCCGAGAAAGGCACCAGCUCCUGGACCCCACCUCACGUUCUCACUCCAUUCCCCCUUCUGUGUCCACACUGUCUUCAAUAAAGGCGUUUCUCCUCCUCCUUCA